AUGGAGAACCACACUUCAACUGUGUAAGAAUUCAUCCUCUUGGGGUUUUCCAUCCAACAGGAGACAGAGAUCCUGCUCUCUGUGGUGCUGCUAUGCUUGUACCUUUUGACAUUAUUCAGCAACAUGGUCAUUCUCUGCAUUGUCUAUGCUGACGGUCGCCUACCCCCCAUGUACUUCCUCUUGUGUAACCUCUCGGUAUUGGACCUAUUUUCUCCCUCAGUGACCGUGCCCAAGAUACUGCAGAACCUCCUCUCAGGAGAUAAAUCCAUCUCCUUCGCUGGCUGCAUGGCCCAGUCCUACUUCUACUUCUUCCUGGGCAUGAUGGAGUUCUUCCUCUUGACCUCCAUGUCCUACGACCGAUAUGCUGCCAUAUGCGGCCCGCUGCACUACCCCAUCCUCAUGAGUAGCCGUGUCUGCGCCCAGAUGAUGAUGGUCUGUUGGCUGGGUGGGCUUCUCUUCAUCCUCUUCCCAAGUAUCAUGAUUUCCAGGUUGUCCUACUGCCGUUCCAAUGUCAUUGACCAUUUCUUUUUUUGCAAUUCUGUCCCCUUGCUGGAGCUCUCCUGCACUGACACAAAUCUGGUUGAGCUGAUAGACUUCAUGUUAUCUUCUCUUGUCAUCCUCGGCUCAUUAACCCUAACGAUGAUCUCCUAUGUCUUCAUCAUCUCCACCAUCCUGCGCAUCCCAACCAACACUGGCCAGAAUAAAGCCUUCAGCACCUGUGCCACCCACCUGACCCUGGUUCUCAUGUUCUGCAGUAUCUCCAUCUUCAUGUACGUGACACCGUCACAGAAGUCCACCUUGGAGAUGCACAAGAUCCCUGCCGUGCUCAGCAGCAUAGUUAACCCACUGCUAAAUCCCUUUAUCUACACCUUACGGAACAACAUAGUCAACAAGGUUUUGAGGGAGACUUUUAGCCACAGCAAAGCACUUGUAUUUCAUAGUGUGGGUGGAUUAUCCCUGACUUGUGCUGCUCCUUGCAGAAAGAGAAGUGUAGCAUAG